CGUUACUCCCUCAGGUGAUUCUUCCUUCAUUCUAUACCAUCAUUCUUUUGGCCCGUGUCACCGAACCGGCUCUCUCCACUCCUUCUGCUGCUUGACGCAUUGCACUUGCAUUUUCAAUUCCUUGCGCCGGUCGCUCGUUGUCGCAUCUAUCAUCAGAGCCUUUUCAGAUCUACAAAUUAAAGUCCACCGACAAGACAAGAAACAAUGUCUGUCAAAGCUCUUCUCACCACAGCGCUGCUAGCGACCUCUGCUUUCGCCCAGUAUAGCGCCUCUUGGGGAUCAAUGGCUGCUGCUGCCUCGUGCCCUGCAGGAUGCCAGGCUAUUUCAACUACCAGCUCAACAUCAUCAUCGAGCCAGUUGAUUGUUCAAGUCGUCUCAGUAUCCGAUUCAAACGGCUCAUUGGCAUAUUUCCCCAACAACAUCGAAGCCCCAGUCGGCUCGAUCGUGCAAUUCCAAUUUCACCCCAAGAACCACACAGUCAGCGAGUCCAGCUUUGCUGCACCUUGCCAAAAGAUCGCUAGCAACUUGACCAACGCAGUGUCCCAUCCUGGUCUGCACUCCGGCUUUGUCCCCGUAACGGCAAAUGGCACUUUCACACCCGUCUACAACGUUUUGAUCAACGACACAAAGCCUAUCUGGGUUUACUGCGGUCAGACCAACCACUGUCAGAAGGGCAUGGCCAUGGUCAUCAACCAGAACAGCAGCAGUCCUAACACUAUCGAGAAAUAUAUCCAGAACGCUAUGGCGCUUGCUCUCACACCAGUAGCAGCCACUCAAGCCACUGCUGCAACGUCCACCGUCGUUGCCGCUUCAGUCGCGACUGUCGCAACUGCCGUAACUGAGGCAACUACCGCCACUGUGGCCUUCGGCGCCGCAACCACCAGUGCAACCGUUGCAGCUGCCACCACUACUGCCGAUACUGCCACAAUUGCGGCGCUAACGAGCACGGCCGCAGCACCUGCAGUCUUCACUGGCGCUGCUGUUCCCAGAUUCCAAGCCCGUGAGGCUCAAGCCGGUCUGGGAGCUGGACUUGUUCUUGGUGCGCUUGUGGCUGUGUUGUAAUGAUCUUUGGGCGGGAGAUAAACUCAUGUCAGACGGUGUUGGUCCUUCCCAAAGAAGCAGAGAUCAACAGAUGCCUCGCUUCUGGUUGAAGCUGGAUGAAGUGGCAUGCCUCCCUCGCUAGCAUUUCGAGGUCGAGUCGCCACAGUACUGGAGUUCCUGCUUCCGGAGUGGUCUUGGAGAUUGGGACAUGUUGUGGUACGCUGUGGCCGCGAUUUCUUUGUAUUCUACACUUAUUUUUGAU